UUUCGUCCCUACAAUUCAAAGCACCAUUUUCUCUCUGAAUUCUCGCGUAAUCUUCGCUUUUUGCUGGAUCAAUUCACAUGGAGGAGGGUAUCCUUCAGAAUGCUCACUCGCCGCCGCCCGAUCUAGAGCCGUUCGACAGCUGCGGAAAUGAGUUGACUCAGAUGAACUCGGAUUUAUCCGCCAUAACGGCUGAUGCUUCCAAAGCUUCCUCGCAGCAGUGCGCGGCACCUUUUCCUAUCGACCAGUCAACAAAAUGGACAGAUCAUCAACACCGUUUAUAUCUUAAUUCGUUAGAAGCUUCAUUUGUGAAUGAAUUGCAACAGUCUAUACAAUUAUUUGGUUGGAGCUUACGUAAUAACUCAAAGGAAGCUUUAAAGUCAAAAACCUUGCAAAACUCACAGAAUAUGACCAAGCAGUUUCCAGUUCUACACGAUUGUUGCUGGAAGAAGAUCUGUGUUGAAAGAAAUGAACCUAUGCUAGAGAGCACAGCUGAUUCUCAUGUUCUUGCAGGAAGCCCAUCUAGACAUGCACCAGUAGCAAGAGAAUGUGUUAUGAGAGGAUCUGAUGUUUAUGACAGUGGCAUGCGUUGUGAUGAGGGGACUCAGGUUGGAGGGAUUUCAAAAUUCUCCAGGUGGUCACCAAGAAUCAUACAGAAGCCAUGCCAUCGAGAAUCAGUUGGCUGUUAUGCAGAGGCUACUGAUCAAAACUUCAAGAAUAAUGACCAAGGAGCAAGCCCAAGCUGUAUGCCUAUGGCAAAAAGGAUGAAGACAGCUACUGCUGGCGCUUCUAGCAAUGAUCAAGUUGUGCCUUCUGGAAACUUCCAAAGAACUGAUGUCUCGUCUAAUAUUAAUUCAUCAUCAGAAAAUGAAGGACAACGUGAAUUGCUGUCAGAACUCCCAGAGAGCUUCCGUGACCCAAAUUCUGAUCGGCAUUCAUUUCUAAGAGGAAAUUAAUUAGUUUUAACUGGGAAUUGAAGCCGGAGAUUUCACAGCAGAUGCUGACGUAAAGGGACGAUUCCAGUUGGCGCAUUUCAGAAUAUAUUUUGGGGCUUAUGCUAGGCAACUGAGGCAUGGCCACUUCUUACAGAGGAUUAUGAGAUACAAUGCCGUUUGGUAUUGGUACUUGGGAUUGAUAUCUAAAGAUGUUUCAGGUGAUAGAGCGGUAGGAAGAAAUUCAUGAAGGCCAUACAAAAUAGAUGUAGUGCAAAUAAUUCUUUACAUAACUUUUUGUUUUCAUUAUUUUUUGGUGAAUGUAGGCUGUUAACUAUCCAAGUUAGGUUGACAUAUCUUAAUUUCCCUGCGGUUUUCCCAUUCUAAUAGAUUAAGGAGAUAUUCAAAUGUAGCGGGUCCUUUCUUCCAAUUGUAUUGACAAGAUGUAGCUUAGGUAAAAGUAUGAUUUGCUUUCACUAUGCAUCUUCCAAAGUGAUUCUACAGUCAUGGUUUUAGGUUCAA